UUCCGGUGUCCCUAAAACUGUUUUUCAAGCGAAACCGUAGCAAAGAUGGCGGAGAAAGAGGAGAGUAGUGGAGCUGGAGAAGCCAAAACUGAGCUGCAGAUCAUCAAGGAGCUGGUGGACGAACUACAUAACUACAGAGAUUGCUACUUCGAGACGCACGGCGUGGAGGAGGCCGGUCGGAGAGACGGUGACGUCAAGCAGAAGAUGGAGGAAACACUGAAGAGGCUGGAGGAGAAAGACGACAUCUUAAAACACAAUGCAGAGUUUCUGCUGCAGAAAGGCAGGUGUCUGAACGUGACCCCGGACUUCAGCGCUGCAGCCGAGGAGUGCUUGUCCCGAGCGGUGAAGCUGGAUCCCUGCCUGGUCGAGGCCUGGAACAUACUGGGGGACCAGUACUGGAAAAAGGGAGACCUGGUUGCAUCCAAGAACUGCUUCACUGGUGCACUGCAGCAUGAGAAGAAUAAGGUAUCGCUACGCAACCUCUCCAUGGUGCUGAGGCAGCUGCCAACACCCAACAAAGAUCAACACGGAAAGCAUGUUCUGGAGAGUGUGGACCUGGCCCGGGAAGCGGUGCAGCUGGAUGCCGGUGAUGGGACUUCAUGGUGCAUUCUUGGAAACGCCUACUUGUCUCUGUUUUUCAACUGCGGUCAGAACCCACAAUUUUCCCAACAAGCUCUAAGCGCCUAUGCAAAAUCUGCGGCGGACAGGAUUGCCAGCAGCAUGCCAGAUCUGCACUUCAACAGAGCCAACCUCUUCUACUACGAGGAGAUGUUCGGCUGCGCCCUCGAAGGCUACAGCCGAGCGGCGGCGCUGGACCCAAACUGGGAGGAGCCGCUGGCGAAGGAGAAGCAGCUGCUGGAGUAUCUGGAGAAAGUGACAGAACUCAUCCAGAACAAGGGCAAGGUGAAAACCCGUCGGCUGAAGACGAUGUUGUCAAACCUCAACACGUCCGCUCUGGGGCCGUGCUCGUCCCCGCAGUUCCGCACUCCAUCCGGUCGAGUGGGCAGCCUCGAGCCGCGGCCCCUUUCUUCCCUCACGCAUGGCCACAAUGGCGGGGUGGCCGCCCUGGGCAAGGUGGUGUUCAGCCUGGCCUCUCAGGAUCGCAUGGCCUUCACGUUUGGGAUGGUCGACAGUGAGGAGACGUGUUUGGUGGUGAUGGUUUACAACACGGCGGACAACUGGGGCGUCCUGAUCGGCGACUCCGUGGUCAUCCCCGAACCCAACGUCAAGCGUCACAGCAUCACACAUAAAGACAAGUCGUACGACUUUAAAAGCAUACGCGUGGAUUCUCCGCUGCUCCUCAUCGUCAAUGGGAAGUUACAGAACGCCCAAAGUCAGAUCCCGGUCUCUGUCAGCUACCACUGAAACCUUUGGCCGGAGUGAGUCGAUUGGUUAGGUUUUUCCAAUUUUCCAAUUCUGUGCCUGAUUUUUCACCUUCUUUUCUGUAAAUACCCCUCACUUUUUUGGUUGUGUAUAUUUAUGAUCUUAGUUUUUUCAAGACAGGGUUAUUUUAUAAAUGAAUAAGCUUGUAAUGUGGCGUCCUGAAUUCUGUUUACUUGACGUAAAGAAUAAAUUUUUUUUCUGUGAA